UAACAUUUUUCUACUUGUUUGUGCUUUACCGCAUUCGUGAGAUCGUUUAAGAAACGUGAAGAAACUAACCAUUAGAGAAUAUUUGUCUAUAAUUCCCAACACCGACUACCAACCCCCGGCGCCGACUUAUGAACUUCCUUUCCAAUGCAUGACAAAUAUGUUCUUAGCAAUUGGUGUAGCUCAUCACAUGAGAUGAGUGCCCACGAAGCAUGAGGCAGGCCUCCACAGACACGCCCGGGGAGAGGGCUGACUGAUAAUACUACACUAACGUCUAUUUUUAACCCGGGAUGAGGAUACACGGCGUCUAAGACACACUACAAGCCAUCUCUCCGGAAAGAUGGCUUCCCAACAACAAAAAGUUGUUCGCUUGAACACUGGGGCUUCUAUGCCAAUCGUAGGACUGGGAACAUUUCAGGUGAAGGGUGAAAAUGCGUGUAAAUUGAUAGAGGCUGCCAUUGAUGCAGGUUACCGUCACAUCGACACAGCCCAGACGUACGAGAAUGAGAAGAAAAUAGGCGAAGCAAUCCAGAAGAAAAUAGACAAGGGUGUUGUGAAGAGAGAGGAUUUGUUUAUCUCAACUAAACUACCAGCAGCCUGCCUGGGUAAAGAUGCAGUCAAACCCUGCCUGCUCAAAUCUCUCAAGGAACUCAACUUGAAAUAUGUAGACCUAUACCUCAUUCACAUGCCUUUUGGUUUAAAGAACAAAGGGGAUGGUACACUUUUCCCGACAACAAUGGAUGGAAAGUUGCUUCUUCAGAUUUAUGACAUCACUGAAACGUGGAAGGCCAUGGAACAGUUAGUUGACCAAGGUCUCACAAAGGCAAUAGGAGUCUGUAAUUUCAGUCGAUAUCAAGUCUCCUCUCUCCUCAUGAUUCCUGAUAUCAAACACAAGCCUGCUGUCCUUCAGGUUGAAAUGCACCCUUACUUGCCCCAGGAGAGGCUUGUCGAGUACUGUGGUGAGAAUGGCAUAGUGGUCACAGCUUACAGUCCUCUGGGAUCCCCCAAACCCAAUGGAAAUCGUCCCAUGUUAAUAGAAGAAGCUCUGGUCAAAGGUAUUGCUCACAAGUACAAGAAAACUGCAGCUCAGGUGGUCUUAAGGUGGAACAUUCAGAGAGGGGUAACAGUAAUACCCAAAACUGUACAGCCCGAGAGGAUGAAGCAGAAUAUAGAUGUAUUUGACUUCACCCUGGCACCUGAAGAUGUGGAUGCCAUCACAGAAACCUUAGGAAAAAAGAAAGUGCGAUUUUACGAGUUCAGUUGGGCCAAAAACCACCCAGAAUAUCAGCUGGAGUAACAUUUCAAACCUCACUGGAAGUUGAUACAAAUUUUAAUUUGAAAUAUGAAUACAUUGUCAUCAUUAAAUCUGUCAGUCUGUAUCUUUCCAAGAUGUCAAGACAUAUGUCUUGUACAUGUAAUUUGUUCUCUUUUCUUAAUUUACAAUUUUAUUUAUUAAGACAUUUAGUGCCUUUUGAGCACUCUUUUUAAAAUAUGUCUUAUGGAUAAAACUCAGUUUCCAUUAUUCAUAAUUUACCUGCUACUAGACAGUGUUGGUAAAUAGUUACAUUUGUAUUUGCGCAUUUACAACUCCACAUGAGUGAGAACUGUGAAACAUGAAAAAUCUGUUAGGAAACAAUCAAUAAAAAAAAAAAAAACAGGCAUGAUUUUGAAAAUUUCAGUGGAAACCAGGAUUUGACCAGUUGAAUCCCAACUGGCACAAGAUAACACAGCAGCUGCAGCACGUGUGCACAUGGCCAAAUUGUUACCAUGGGAACUCUGUUUAUUUAACAGUCAGACAAUAAUAAACGGCAUUCACAAUUUAGACUUCUUCCACAGCACCACCAAGCAAUAUUGGACGGGAGGCAAUGCUUACCUUACGUGUAGCUGAUAUAUGUAGAACUAUUCUGGUAUGGUAUGAAUCAUGUUACACUUGAAAACUGAUUUCAGCUAAAGUUUCACUUGUAACAAUAGUUUCAGAAGCACAUCAAACCCUUAAAAUGAUAGCUUUGGUGCCAACACUAACAUUUUCUGAUAAUUAUUUAUUUGAUUGGUGUUUUAACCUGCACUCAAGAAUAUUUUACUUAUACGAAGGCACCAGCCAGCAUUUUGGCGGGAGGAAACCAGACAGAGCCUGGGGGAAACCCACCACCAUUGCAGGUUUGCUGGCAAACCUUCCCGCGUACGGCUGGAGAGGAAGCCAGCAUGAGCUGCACUUAAACUCGCAGUGACUACACUGGUGAAAGGCUCCUGGGUUGAGCCUACCAGCUUGGCCUCAGAGGCCCCAAUUUUAUGGUAAGAAAGAGCACAAUUUUCACAAAAACUCUCAAAUAGCCCUUUAAGGUGUACGAAUCAUUCAGAAUAAAUAUCACGUGAAACUCAGUAUCCCAGUUCUGAUGUAUAUUAAGUUGGAUUCCUAGAAAUGUAUGUACUUGUGUAAAUAUGUUGCAGUGAUCCUGCACAGCAUUGUACGGUAUCCUUUGGUUUAUUCCUGUACAAAUUUUAUGAUCUAUUUGUUGCUAACAAAGCUUUCGCCAGCUAUCAAUUGCUUUACUGUAAAUAUUGUUUAUCGAUGUUGUGAGAGUCUUUGUAUUUUUACAUUCAGUUUUAAAGGUAAUCCAAUUUGCAUGCACAUAUGAUGUACUGAUUACAUAAGCCAUUCAGACAACUGGUUGCGCAUUAAAUUGAAUAUCAAUUCCAUUUUUAUGAAAAUGUCAGAUCUCCUCUUUCACAUUGGAAAAGAUUUGUAAAAAGAUGCUUGUGCUCAAAGUAAAAAUUUUUUAACUGUG